CCCUUAUAAUUUUGCGGUCGUGUGCGGGAGUCAACAUCAAUUCUCUGUUACACGACUGGCCUGGGGAUCAGGAAAGCAGAGCAGAGAAUUAAUCACACGUAAUGUACUAUAUCUUUCGAAGAAAAGCUGUACCGAUGCCGCCCCGUGACUAUUAAAUGCUUGGUUAUCCUGCUGUGCUAUGCUAUACCAUCAAAACGACAAUGUCAUGUUGAAAAACUCGAAGACAAAACUGGCUGAGCUGUGCAGUGCGGUGUGACUGAGUGUUAACUUGUCUUGACUUUAGAAUUUUCUGAUAUCGACUGUUGUUCUGCUGAGAUUGCAUCUGGCUCCUCUGACCGCCUCUAUACAUAAUGUCAACACAUGUCAGUUUUAUUAAAGAAUGACCCAUACCAGACGAUUAUUUCUGUCUAUAUGCUACACUACUCCACUGCUACUCAACUUCCCCCUAGAGUUACUCCAUACCGUUACUGCACUUAAGAUACAACAGCAUCUUACUGUCAUCAACAUUUAAGUUACCAGAAAACUCUGAAAAGUUGAAGAACUGAGGCUCUGUAAUACAUGAUUUACACACUUAAUUCUUACCUACUGAUUCCUUCAUAUCACUAGAGAAAACAGUAGCCAUGAUGCAGCUGAUUUUUCAAUAUCUUGGGGUUACAACUUGUCUAAUGCUACAUGUAUGUCUUGCUGGGAGCACAGAGGAAGGCUCCCUGCCAGGACACCUGCAAGUUCUUGGUAAACACCGACCUCCGGAGGGCCACAUUGAAAUUCUCCUUGAACCUCCAUCCCCCAAGGAAUUCUGGGAGAAAUAUGCUCGGGAUGGCAUCCCUGUCCUGUUUCGCGGGAUGGCUAACAACUCACUCGGGAUGCAUCGAUGGACGGAUGAUUAUCUCCGGGAAUACUACGGCGACCUACGAGUGAAGAUAGAAGCAAAAGCAGAGAAGGAAUAUUAUCCUGAGGGAGACAAGGGGAUAGGCCAGGACACCGUGGGGUACUUCCUCAAGACGUACAAGUCACGCAAUGCAUACAUUGUCUCUCAACUCCCUGACCCGAUGUCAAAGGAAGUCUCUGUUCCUCCCUUCAUGACCUGUGGCACUUUCAGUCAGCGUCUUCUGGAGGCCAAUCUUUGGUUCAGCAGUGGUGGCACCAAGAGCCUGCUUCAUCGGGAUGCAGACAAUGCAAUCAACUGCCUCUACUUCGGAACUAAAGAUUGGAUCUUCAUUGAUUCCAAGCAUGAAGAUAUGAUCCCCAUAGCUGAUGAAGAGACCGAGGCUUAUGGUGGGUAUGCUGUACUGAACCCUGAUAGCGUAGACCUAGAGAAGUUUCCGAAGUUUGCUGAUGUUCCUUGGACCUAUGGGAAUGUGACGGCCGGAGAUUGUAUCUUUCUACCUCGGGGUUACUGGCACCAGGUCCGUUCCUAUGGCUCUCGGAACCUUGCAGUCUCUCUCCUCUUCUCCCGCAUCAAGGAUAAUGAUCUGUCUGACUGUGAGGGCGCCAAACUGUCUUACACACCACUGAGUGACAUGGAGAUGGUCUUCACCUAUGAUGGCUAUGCAGAACAAAGCAUGGGAGAUACAGAUCCAUUUGAGCUGAAUGACACAUUUCAAGAAUGGUGUCAACACAGUGGAUCCAAGAUGAGUACGCAAGAUGUCUUCGGUUACCUGCGACGAGAUUUUCAUGAUCGUGAUGCAGAUGAUGAGAACAAUAUGGGAGGUGCUGCAUUUCUACUUGAAAUAGCUGAUCAGGUUGUACAGCUUCUAGAUGUGGACGGAGACAACAAAGUAUCCUGUACGGAGGAAGCCCAAGGCCUCAAAUUGGCAACCCUGAAGAAGUUAGCGCACAUCAUUGACAGGGACCCUGCCAACACAGAAGAGUACGAGUAUGCAAAGUUUGAGCCCAACGAAAUCAGGGACUUUAUUUCUGAUUUCAUCUCAAGUCAUGAGAGUGGAGGACAAGCCGUUAUCUCACGUGAAGAUUUUGUUAAAGCCUAUCAAAAGUUUGGAGGAUCCCAGAAGAUUGGAAACGAGGUAUUUGAUAUAUUGACGUCGGAGGAAGAGGAAUCCAUUUCUACUUUGCACUUGAAGGACCAAGUGGAGAAUAUUUCUGCUCUCUUUGUACCCAAGAUGAAACCCCAGAAAGCAGAUCUCCGCUGGGAAGAACAAGAUGAUGCUUGGAUGGCAGAACAUCUUAAUCCUCAGAGUCAUGGAGAACUCUAGAUACCUUUCACACCAACAAACUAUUUGAGAAUUUUGUGGCCUUGAGACAUUUCGGUCAGAGGCCUCCUUUCCUGAGACCCAGGACAAUGCCUGAGGAAAACUUGGUUUCAAGUCCAAGUCCAGCCUCGAGUAUAGUCCAACACUGCUGUUCAUUAAGCCCUUCUGUGCCAUGCUAAUGAAGUUUACAACAUGUUGAAAAAAACUUCACGAUGAACGUAUGUCUUUUUGUUUCAUCUGUAUUCUUGUGCUGCGUACAGCACAGAUUAAACUCCUACCAAAAAUAUUCAACUAAUUAAUUUUAAUAAAAACAACAAUUUUAAUCAUUAUACUACCAUAGAGAGAGUGUUAAUAUCGGGUUUUAUUGUGGUUGUGUCCACUUUUCUGGAUGAAGAAUGACAUGCAAAGGUACCCUUUUGUUGAAUAAUAUAUAUGACAACCUAUAAUAUAGAUACAUUGACUGCUAUGAGAGGCAUCGCUGGGGAUUAUCAGGAUGUAACGUCCCCGAGAGCCAGUAUAGAAACAGCUUUGCUUCAAAUAUUAAAGCAGUAAAUACAUCUUUUAUAUAGGGAAUUCACAAACAAAUCUACAAAGAAUUCUUACCUUAUCCUUUUCUUGGGUAAAGACUGGUUAAAACAUCACAGAAAAUCUGAGACACUGUCUGUAAAUCUUCGCUGGAAAGUUGCCAGAAUGUUACGAUCAUUCGGGAAUCGCAGACAAAAAGCAUUGUAUGGUAUCCGUGCUCGCACAAAGAACUUUCGACACGUUAAUCAAUGGGCUCUCAGCAAAAUAUAUUUAUGCGGCCCGUUACCGUGGUAACGGGCAUCUUUUAAAAAACUAUUGACUGGUAGGCGGGCAUUGCUAAAAUCAUGACUUCAAUUUCAACCAAUCAGAUGACUAGAUUUAUUCAACAUACUAUUAAAGAGAGGUGUAUAAACAAAACUAUGUCUUUAGACCCAUUCAAAUGCCAGUAUAAAGAGUAUUUAGUGCUAAUUGUUUAGCUAUUUGAAAAUGAUAUAUAUGGCAUGAAUAUCUUGAAUAUGUUUACUAAUUGAAAAUCUCUUUGGAAAUUAGUUUCACUAUUGUAUCUUUGUACUUAUAUUGUAUAUUUUGUUUCCAUGUUUAAUAACGGGUUUAUGGUUUAACGUUAUCCCAACCUUUUCAUGAUCCCACCACAUUGGCUUGUACAAUGCUAUUGAUUUUAUGUUUUAUACAUGUUUUGAAAAUGGAGAUGUGGUAAUCAAUUCAGUUCAAUCGCAGACUUUCCACAUUUGAUACGGCUGGCCCUUAUAAGUCAUUCGAAAUGUUAAUCAUAUAAUAUACAUGUACUCUAAUUCUAAUGUUUAGGUAUUUUACACAAGUGAAUUGUGAACAUAAUAUUGAAGUUUUUACUACACAACACACACAUAUUUUGUAUCAGAUUCAUUAAGCAUACAACAUAAAUUGAUUUUUGUUGUGGAUUGAUUCAAUAUAUUUUCAUCAAAACUGGAUCUAAAACUUCACUUUUUGUAAUUAUACAUACAUAUAAGUACAAUCUUAUAUUGUCUUGUAACAAGAACAUAAAUUGCUCCAUUCGUCCAUCUGCUACAUACAAUGAAUGGAACAAUCAUGGAUUGCCAUCUUGUAUACUUUUGUCACAUGUACAUAGUAUAUUUAAAAUAUGCUCCAAAAUAAUGUGGCAGUUUAGAAUUCCGAUCUGUGUCAGACAAAGAUUUAUCUUGCAAACUACAAGCAGAUCGUUUCUAGAAUAGAUGGUAUGUUUUUACUUGACUGCUUUUAAGGAAGGCAUGUGUUGAUUGUGUUUGUUUUUGAGUAAGCAACCAGGGGACCGAAGGAGUUUUAAGCCCUCUCUGAGGGACUUGACAUUGAGGCUUAAUCAAGACCUUACCAACAAAAAAUUAGCAAAUCAAUUUGGUUCCCAGUAGCAAGACCACUACUCUACCACUGUCCAUUGCGCCUGCACAAGGUAUUAUAUAUCCCAAGAUAGAAACAAAUUUUAAUAUCACUGUAGCGAAGAAGUGGAAUCAAAGUAUGACGUCUUUCAAUUAUGAAUACGAAAAUAGAUCAGAAAGUUAUACAGUAAAAUGUCUUUCAAGUAUGAAAAUAAAAAAGUAAAUAAAUUUAUACACUUGAUUUGUAUUGCUUAUUAUGCAAAUAUACAUGUAAUCACCACUUUUGCCUUUGCCUGUGUACAUAUUUCAGUACCAGGUACUUUAAAGUCAGUACUUUUGAAAUUGCCUGUUUCUAUAAAAUCUAAGGUCAUGAAACUUUUGUAUUUAGUUAAAUAAAAAAAAAUAUCAGAUUAA